AGCCUGGCAGGAAGGCUGCGGCAACUCAACAACACAGACUCAGUGCCAAGGCCGACUGAGGGCCAAGCGACAUCAGUGUUUUGUGCAGAAGGGGCUCGGACACUUGCGUCCUCAGCUCUCGAUAUUUUUUCCAUUGAACGCGAGUUUGAGCAACGAAAAUGACCUUCCUGAGGGCGGAGCUCCUGAGGUGGGCGCCGACGGUGCUGCCUUACCUCAUCCUCACCUCGCUCUUCGCACUCUCGCUCGUCUGGUUCUUCAGGAGGCAGCAGAAGGUGGCGCUGAUCGAGAAGAUCCCGGGCCCGAAGGCGCUGCCGCUCCUCGGCAACGCCUUGGAGGUUAACGUUGAGCCUCGAGAAUUGUUUCAAGUUGUCAAAGGAGGCUCAUACAUCUGGAGUUAUCACACCGCUUUGAUUCGUAUCUGGGCAGGACCUUUUCCUCUGGUCCAGCUGUUUAACUGUAAAACAGCAGAGGUAAUCCUUAGCAGCCAGAAGCACCUGGACAAAAGUCGUGACUACACGUUCCUGCAUCCUUGGCUGGGCACAGGCCUCCUCACUUCCACAGGGUCCAAAUGGCACUCCCGGAGGAAGCUCCUGACGCCCGCCUUCCACUUCAAGAUCCUGGAGGACUUCGUGGAGAUCUUCAACAACCAGAGCAUCAAAAUGGUGAAGUUACUGGAGAAGAAGGCUGGUGGGGAGUGCUUUGACAUCUUCCCUUACAUCACUCUCUGCACCUUGGACAUCAUCUGCGAGACCGCCAUGGGAUGUAAGAUUGGCGCUCAAGACAACAGCGAAUCAGAUUAUGUUAAGGCUGUGUACCGGAUCGGAUCCCUCGUGCAGCACAGGCAGGCUCGCCCUUGGCUGCAGCCAGACAUCCUCUUCAAGCUCUCCGGGUACCAGAAGGAGCACGACGCUUGCCUCAAACUCCUGCACGACUUUUCCUACGACACCAUUCGGACCCGACGCAGGGAGUACCAGGAGAGCAAGAAGAACGAGGGUCAGGAGACGACCGAGGACGAGGCUCUGGGCAAGAAGAAACGACUUGCAUUCCUUGACCUUCUGCUGGAGUACUCCGACGGCGUCUCCCGGCUCACCGACGAGGACAUCCGCGAGGAGGUGGACACUUUCAUGUUCGAAGGCCACGACACGACGGCCGCCGCCAUCAACUGGACGCUGUACCUCCUCGGAUGCCAUCCCGAGAUACAGGCCCGCGUGCACGAGGAACUGGACGGCAUCUUCGGAGACUCUGACCGUCCCGUCACCAUGGCCGACCUCAGGGAGAUGAAGCUGAUGGAGAACUGCAUCAAGGAAGCUCUGCGUCUGUUCCCUUCCGUGCCCUUCAUCGCCCGUGAGCUCAGGGAGGACGUGGUUAUCAAUGACUACCACAUCCCCUCCGGCACCACUGUGCUGGUGGUGACGUACCGCCUCCACCGCGACCCGGAGCAGUUCCCGAACCCGGAGGUCUUCGAUCCGGACCGCUUCCUGCCCGAGAACUGCAAGGCGCGACACCCGUACGCCUACGUCCCCUUCAGCGCCGGGCCAAGGAACUGCAUUGGACAAAAGUUCGCCCAGAUGGAGGAGAGGAUCGUGCUGAGCAACGUCCUGCGCCACUUCCGCGUGGAGAGCACCAUCAGGCGCGAGGACCUGAGGAUCCUCGGGGAGCUGAUCCUGCGCCCCGAGAACGGAAAUCCCCUCAGGCUCUUCCCGAGAAAGGCCCAUUUGUGUACGAAUGAACCCGACUCGGUUGUGUUGUCAACAAAUAUAAGGGCGAUGAUGCACAAGAUUUCUGACUUUUCAUAUGUAAUUGCGACAAAUCUUGAACAUCCCCCUGAUGGUACAAAUGCCACUGAUGCUGCAUGGCCAUCAGUGCGCUGUAGAGUAGCUCUCCCCCCCACCAGCCAGUUCCUCCUCUCAGACUGCUUACCCUUCGACCUCAUACUUGAGCCACUGCACUGGACUCACCAGGUCACCGAAGCUAAACAAAAGCGAGAUGAGAAGGCAUGUCGAAGGAAGACCUUGGCUAACUGGUCUUGCAUUGUGCAGCGGCAGUCCAUUGCUGCCUUGCCAGUGGUUCUUAUGGGCCCUCUAAAAUUACAUCAUCGCCCAUAUAAGACUCACGCUUGGGACUCCCUUCGGGGUCAUAUCAAGGGCCACUCCGCAGGUCCCAGAACGCUCGUGUUUCGUCCCCAGUUCGCGGCCGCCCUUUCCGCGAACGAGGCAGAGCGAUAUACUAGGAGCGCUGGCCCCGAAGGAGAGCCUGAUGGCGUGGCAAGGAGGCGUGUCCUGGAACCUCGAGUCCCUCCUCAGUCGCUGCCUCUACGCCCUCGCGCCCGUGGUCGCCGCCCUCCUGCUCAGCCAGAUCUACAGGAGGCAACAGAAGGUGCGGCUGAUCGAGCAGCUCCCUGGGCCCAAGGGGCUUCCGCUUCUGGGGAACCUCCUGCACAUGUGGGUCGACCACGAAGAACUCUUCCGGCGCCUCUGCAAUAUCUGCGAACUCGGCAACGUUGCACGAUUCUGGGUGGGGAGCAAGCCGUACUGCAUCGUGAGCAGCGCCAGGGCGGUGGAGGUGAGAGAACGACAAUCCUCAGCAGUUCGAAACACAUCGACAAGAGCUGGGACUACACGCUCUUCCGCCCUUGGCUUGGAGAAGGACUGGUCACGUCCGCAGGUGUCAAGUGGCACACGCGCAGGAAGAUGCUGACACCCGCUUUCCACUUCAAGAUCCUGGAGGAUUUCGUGGACGUCUUCACAGCUCAAGCCGCAACGCUGGUUGAAAAACUGAAGACCAAGGCGGACGGACGGCCAUUCGACAUCUAUAAUGAUAUCACGCUGUGUGCUUUGGACAUCAUAUGUGAAACAGCCAUGGGGAGGAGCAUCAACGCCCAGAGAAACUCCGAAUCAGAGAUCGUGAAAGCCAUUCACAAGAUGGGCACCUUGAUCCAGUUCCGGCAGUUCCGUCCGUGGCUGCAUCCCGACUUCGCGUUUCGCCUCACCAGCCACGGCAGGGAGCAAGAGAAGUGCCUGAGGGUGAUCCACGGACUCGCUACGGACACCAUUGAAUUGAGGAGGAAGGCAAGGCAAGAGGAGAAGAGGUGGAGGAGAGAGGAAGAAUGGAGAGGAGAAGAUGAUGCCUGUGGCAUCCCCGGCCAGAAGACCCGCCACGCCUUCCUGGACCUCCUUCUGGAAUAUUCCGAGAAGGACCCAACGAUCACGGACGAGGACAUACGCGACGAAGUGAACACUUUCAUGUUCGCCGGACACGACACCACCUCCGCCGCCAUGAACUGGUUCCUGUACGCCAUGGGAAGCCACCCGGACGCACAGGAGCGCGUUUUCGAGGAGAUCGAAGCCGUGAUGCAGGGUUCCGACAGAGCGCCGUCCGCGUCCGACCUGCGGGAAAUGAAGUACCUGGAGCUGUGUCUGAAGGAAACUCUGAGGCUCUUCCCCCCGAUUCCCAUGAUCAUUAGAGAGCUGAAGGAAGAUGCCGUUAUUAGCAGCUAUAGCAUCCCCGCCGGCACGAGCAUCGUGGUCCACGUGUUCCGCCUCCACCGCGACCCGGAGCAGUUCCCCGACCCGGAGGUGUUCGACCCGAACCGCUUCCUGCCCCAAAACUCCCUCAGGAGACACAACUACGCCUUCGCCCCCUUCAGCGCCGGUCCCAGGAACUGUAUCGGGCAAAAGUUCUCCCUCCUCGAGAUGAAGGCCAUCCUGUGCAGCAUCCUACGCACGUUCCGCGUGGAGAGCGUCGUCCCUCGGAAGGACCUCAAGCUUCUGGCGGAGCUGAUCCUCCUUCCCAAGGGCGGGAACCUCGUGAGGCUGUUCCCCAGGGGUGAAGGAGACGACGGGCGGCGUGGAUGAGCAUCAGAAGGAUAGUGAGGAUGCUGAUGAUGACGAUUAUAAUGGUGAUAGUGAUCAGCUUUAUCACUUUUGUUGUUGUUUUUUAUUGUUAUUACUUUCACUGUGAUUAUCAUCAUUGUCAUUAGUGUUAUUUCAUUUUUAUCAUUAUCUUUGUCAGUGAUAUUAUUACUCUUACUAUUAUUUUAUUAUUAUUAUUAUUAUUAUUAUUAUUAUUAUUAUUAUUAUUAUUAUUAUUAUCGUUAUCGUUAUCCUUCUUACAUCACUAUUAUCAUCACUAUCAUUAUUCUUAUCAUCGUUCUUGUAUAACAGAUCAUUUGAGAAAAAAACAAGGACAAUAUUCAUGAAGGUAAAGAAUAAGGAGAAGAAGGAAACCAACAUCUGCACUUGCGCCUGCAUGCAUUCAAGCACAAGCAUGCGGAAGCUCACUCAGGGAGCCUGUUUCAACCCGUCUGUUUUCACCGAAUAGAGUUUAUUGCUGCUGAUGAUUUUUUUUUUUUU